ACAAUUCACAUAAAUUUUUUAAUUUAAAAUUUAUUUUUUGUUGUCUUCCUUAACCCCUUUUUUGGCAGAUUCUCAAACAUAUAAAAGCAAAGAUAUUUGUAUUUCCACUUUUCUUCCUUUUCAGAAUAUAUAACCCAUCUUCUCCAAUCUUCAUUCUGCACCCAUCUUUUCUAUCUCUCAUUGCUCAUGGAGGCUGUUCUUCAGUCAAAAGGGUUUCUUUCUCUUCCUUCCAAUCCCAAAAACAAGUUCUUAAACCCAUCAAAUGGCUUAAAGCAUAGAUUUUUCUCACCAAACCCAAAAAUCCUUGGUGGGUUUUCUCUAAAUACAAAUGGGUUGCAUAAACUCAAUAGUUCAACCUUAAAAGCUUCAAUUUUUGAUAAAAAAGACAAAAAAAAUUUCAUAUGUAAAGCUGAAUCAGCUGCUGUUGAUGGUGGUGGUGGUGAUGGGGAAGUGGUUUUUGAGGAAUCAGAAACUGGGAAACAAAAAAUUUUGGGUGUUGAAGUUACAACACUCAAGAAAAUUAUACCUCUUGGAAUGAUGUUUUUUUGUAUCUUGUUCAAUUACACUAUUCUAAGAGACACAAAAGAUGUUCUUGUUGUGACUGCUAGAGGAAGUAGUGCUGAGAUUAUUCCUUUUUUGAAAACUUGGGUGAAUCUUCCUAUGGCUAUUGGUUUUAUGUUGUUGUAUACUAAAUUGUCUAAUGUUUUGUCAAAACAAGCACUUUUUUAUUCAGUUAUUGUUCCUUUUAUUGCUUUCUUUGGUGCUUUUGGGUUUGUUUUGUAUCCUCUUAGUAACUAUAUUCACCCUCAAGCAUUUGCUGAUAAUCUUCUUAAUAUCCUUGGACCGCGGUUUCUUGGUCCUCUUGCAAUUAUGAGAAUUUGGAGUUUCUGUUUGUUCUAUGUUAUGGCUGAAUUGUGGGGGAGUGUGGUUGUUUCUGUCCUGUUUUGGGGACUUGCCAAUCAGAUAACUACGGUGGAUGAAGCAAAGCGGUUCUAUCCAUUGUUUGGACUUGGGGCCAAUGUUGCUCUUAUAUUUUCUGGUCGGACAGUGAAAUACUUUUCUAAUCUGAGGAAAACUUUAGGUCCUGGAGUUGAUGGUUGGGCCAUCUCUCUAAAAGCAAUGAUGAGCAUUGUUGUCGGUAUGGGGCUUGUUAUCUGUUUUCUGUAUUGGUGGGUGAACAAUUAUGCUCCUCUCCCCGCUCGUAGCAAGAAGAAAAAGGAGAAGCCGAAAAUGGGAACAAUGGAGAGCUUGAAGUUCUUGAUGUCUUCAAGAUAUAUAAGGGAUCUUGCCACUCUAGUGGUUGCAUAUGGAAUAAGCAUUAAUCUUGUUGAAGUUACAUGGAAAUCUAAGCUCAAAGCUCAGUUUCCUAGUCCGAAUGAGUACUCGUCCUUUAUGGGAGACUUCUCAACUGCAACUGGAAUUGCUACCUUCACGAUGAUGCUUGUAAGCCAAUUUAUAUUCGACAAAUAUGGAUGGGGAGUUGCUGCGAAGAUCACACCUUCUGUUCUCCUUUUGACUGGAGUUGGUUUCUUUUCUCUCAUAUUAUUCGGCGAUCCACUCGCACCCGUUAUCGGAAAGCUUGGAUUAACUCCACUGCUAGCUGCUGUAUAUGUCGGUGCCCUGCAAAACAUAUUCAGCAAGAGUGCUAAGUACAGUUUAUUUGAUCCAUGCAAAGAAAUGGCCUAUAUACCCUUAGACGAGGAUACCAAGGUCAAGGGGAAGGCAGCCAUUGAUGUAGUAUGCAAUCCAUUGGGAAAAUCUGGCGGUGCUUUAAUUCAGCAGUUCAUGAUCCUAACUUUUGGUUCACUAGCUAAUUCAACUCCAUACUUGGGAGGUGUGCUUCUGGUGAUUGUUCUUGCAUGGUUAGCAGCAGCCAAGUCACUCGACACUCAGUUUACCGCACUGCGUCGCGAAGAAGAACUCGAGAAAGAGAUGGAAAGAGCAGGUGCUGCUAAGAUACCAUUAGUGGAGGCUGAGAAUGAGGAAGGAAAUGGACAUUUAAAUACAGAAGCAGGUGACUUUUCAAUUAGUCCAUUUGAAUCUUCAGAUUCAUACAAUGAUUAAUUUUAGUUUGCAAUUCUAUAAAUAGGAUUGCUAGAUAGAAAGAAUAAGCAUUAGUCAUGAAAAAAGUGUUAGCUUAAAGUUAAACUAUUUGUUGUAGGUAAAUUAUCUGGCUAUAGAAUAAGUUUGCUUUUCACUUUUUUCAAUCAAUUUUUUUUUUAAGUCUUCAACUCUCCAUAUAUAAAUGAGUUUAUUCUCAUUUCAUUAAUUAAAAUAAUAAAAAUGAAAGAAUGUGUAUUGAUAUUGUUAAA